GUUAAUAAAUAUUAAUUUUCAAUAUUGUAUAAUAAUGUAUAUUAGAAUAUAAUCUUUUCAAUCUCGACCGUAGUCGUGCGAUUCACCAUGUUAUUAGUCGCAAAAAGCAACAAGAAGCUGAAAUCUAUCUUUUUGAAAUCCUGCGCAAUGAUCUUUUGCGCAGCGCAGACGCUCGAUGCUCGAUGUUUGAUGCUAUCAUUUAAAGGCACCUUAAGGCUAUUGCACGUGAAAAAAUUUUAAUCGUAAUCAUUUUCAGGCGAUUUAUGCGCUCAAUGCGUGAAACAGAACGCAUCCUAAGAUAAAUUGAUUUUCGCAUCUCGAUAAACGUGACCACCGAAUUCGAAUGAUGUUAGCCGACGACUAAAAAAUUUUUUAACGUGCCUUCAGACUUCUCUCUGGUUACAUAGUCAAAGGUUUAUAUGAUGACGCAUGGAGACGUAGGGAGAGGAACCCAGGUAUUUGCGCGUGUCAAUUAGCGAUGAUGCAGCAGUUGCAUUAGUUAUUUCGCUUAAGAUGUGAGAAUAUAUUCAAAGUUCUUGAGAUAAAAUUUGACUUGAAACUAACGCUUGAUCGUGUGUCGUAUAACAGUCAUGUUGUUAUGUUAUUGUAAUAAAUUGGGCUGAAACAGGAAAGAAGCGCGGAUAAGAUCGCUCCAUUUAAAUAAGCGAUUAACGAGAAACGUGCAUAAAUCGCGCUACGCUUAAUAUGCGUUAAUAAUAGUUACGCAUUUAAAAGUCAUAUUAGAUUGCAAUCUACGUGUUGCAUUUUCUCGCGGAGAAAUCUUUUUUUCUCAUGUUUCAAAGUUGAAACCAUCAUCGAUAUGAUAUCUUCGUGGUGUUAUUUUAUUCUACCGAUGGUCUUGCUCAUCGGCUUGCUCCGUAAAUGUCGCGAACGUACCUGGGGAAGAUGUAAGAGUACAAGCAAUCUGCAAGGCCAGGUAUUUCUCGUGACUGGUGCGAAUUCUGGCAUUGGUAAAGAGACGGUGAAAGAAUUGGCCAAACGGAGAGCCACAAUCAUCAUGGCUUGUAGGGAUAUACAGAAUGCACAGAAUGUCAUAGUUGAAAUACGGAAUAAAAUAUCUACCGGUGAAUUGAUUCCAAUGGAACUGGAUCUUGCAUCUUUCUCAUCAAUCAGAGAAUUUGCCGACAAAGUGCUAAAAGAUUUUCCCCAUAUUCAUGUAUUGAUUAAUAAUGCUGGUGUGUAUGCGCCACUCAAAGAUCAUGCAUUAACAAAAGAUGGUUUUGAAAUUCAUUUUGGAGUAAAUCAUUUGGGCCAUUUUCUGCUUACCAAUUUACUUUUGGAUCGUCUGAAGCAAAGCGCUCCUAGCAGAAUAGUGAUAGUAACGUCUAAGCUUCUGGAAUCUGGAGUAAUAGAUUUUUCAAAUUUAAAUGGUGAGAAAGGAUUGCCAGUGAAAAGUAGGAUGAAUCCUGGCUAUUGUAAUUCAAAACUUGCUAAUGCAUAUUUUGCUGCCGAACUUGCAAAGCGAACAAAAAAUACUGGUGUUAAUGUCUAUAUGGUAUGUCCUGGAUUUACUUACACUGGUCUAUUUAGGAAUGUGAAGAGAAGCUGGUUUCACUAUAUUAUUUUUUCGCCUGUUGCUCUUAUGUUUCUACGCACUGCAAAUCAGGGUGCGCAAACAGUAUUACAUUGCGCAACAGAAUCGUCAUUAAGCAAAGAAAGUGGACAUCUAUAUCGCGAUUGUAAACUUUAUGUUUCUAAAAAGGAUCUAGACUCUGAAGUAGCACUGUGUUUAUGGGAUAUAAGUGCUAAAUUGACUGGUAUAAAGGAUGAUCAUAUUUAUUUUUUAUAUAUAAAGCGAACGAAAAAGAGAUAGAAAAAAAUGCAAUGUUGCACUCUCAUCUCAAUUCUUACAUAUUUCAAUAAAGUGCUAAUGAAUUAUAUA